CUGACCCCGGCCGCGCGAGAGCGGCUGUAUGACGAGAUUGUCAGCUGCGCCGCCGGCUGGUCGUUGGCCCGCGUCGAGGCCGGCGAGAUCGAUCGCAUCAACAUCCAUUACGCCGCGCUGAGAGCCAUGCUGGCCGCGGUGACCCGACUCGCGCCGGCGCCCGACUUCGUGCUGGUCGACGCGUCCCGUUGCACCGGUCUUGCCUUCCACAGCGGGCCGUCGUGA